UUUAGCUUAUGUACAAUUUUAUAUACUGAAGUUUUCGGUCUGGUUAUGAUAUCGGAAAUGUGAAAAUUUUAAUUUAUAUUAGCAUUGAUGUUGUAAAUUUUACGGAUGUCUGUGCGCAAACCAUUAAACUAUUUGCAGCAUAUGAAAACGUGAAAACUUAUAACAUAUUUAUGUGAAAAGCAGGUUUUAUACGAUAAUAUCGCUGUGUUUAUAUGUAAUACAUAAGUUUGUGCUAUUAAAGGCAUGUCUGUAAUCAAUUAUAAAGAAGACAGUAUCAAGGCAAAUAUUUUAAUGGAAGAGGGUGACAGCAGUUUAGAGCCGGGUGAAGUGAAGACACCUCCACAUGGUAAUGAAGCAACAAAACCCAAAGGAGCUGAAGAAGCAGUAAAAGUAAAAUGCACUGCAUCCCACUUUUUACCCCGUGCUAAAUCUGCCUCUAAACAAGAGACUGACAGAUGCGCGGAGAAAGUUCGUGCUAUACUGGAAUUAGAUGCGAUCAAACGGAAGGAAGAAUUGGAACGUAAAAAAGAGCAGAAGUCUGAUUCCUCGUUACAAAAGGUUACAACUAAAAAAAAGGAGCACAAGAAGUUGAAAAUUCCCAAAGCAGAUGCAAAAAACGCCGACCUUGAAGAUUAUAAAUCGGAAAAGGUUAAAAAGGCUGUCGCUAAAAAACCUAAGCGCAAGCGAAGCAAGCACGAAGAACUUGAAAGCUAUCCAAAGCACCACGCUGCCGAGUCAUGUGAAAGUAUGCGACCCAUUGGCAGUGCUACGUCAUUACCAAUAAUACCAUCGACGAGUUUUGUAACGCCAGUUUCUAAUUUUUCUCGCCGAUUUUCAGACUUAAAUAAUCCUGCACCUUUUCGUUCAUAUAAUCCAUUUAUGAGGAAUUAUCGCACAGAUUUUCGCCAUAGAGGCGGUCAUUUUGCUACACACAAUCGUACACGGUUUUCUAGAUACCGUUCUCAGUAUGUUUCCGGGUCGUUUCAUGCACCAGCAGCACCAGCAGAGGAACUAUCUCACUCACAGCCUCCAAAUAGCGGUAUACCAUAUUCCGAGUUGAUGUGGACCAAAACAAAACCAUCUAUAUCUUAUGCUUUCAAUUUACUCGAUCGUGUUCCAACAAAAAAGAAAAGGAACAGCUCGGAUCAGAAUGUGCAGAAAAAGAAGAAAACUAAAAAGUCUAAGGAGCGGGAAAGUAGCAAUAAAUCACUUUCAAGUACCAAAAGUAGUCGUAAGUCGAGCAAAAGAAAGAAAAUCAGAAAAAUACGCGAAACAUUGCCGCUACACCCCACAAAGAAGCAAUUGCUUUCACCAAAUAAGGAAUUACUCACAUCAACUGCUGAUGACGAGGGAAAUACGCCCCAGAAUGAAAACAACCAACCAGAAAGCCCAAUAUGUACCAUAAAAAAAGAAGAAAGUCCAGAACCAUUCUCCAAUAACUUAACUGCGCUUGAUAUUUUAAAAACCAUAAAACAGGAACCAAUAAAAGAAGAUUCGAAGUUGGUAGACAAAGCCGACGAUUUGGGCAAGCCUGAGGUAUUGGAUAUGUUUGCGAGUUUAACACCUCCUAAACAGAGAUCGCCAUCUGUUGCUAGCAAGGGUGCAUUAAGCAAUCCAACUAACGUACAAAUAACACACAAGUUUCAAGAGAUUCAAGACCGAAUUGAUAAAUUGCUUGAAGAUGAUGAUGAGCUUAAACUUGAAGCCAUACAAGCAACUAAAGAUAAGUUAUUACAAAAAUCUCGUGAACAUACAGAAAAUGUCCAUAUGGCCAAGUCUUCAAAGAAAAUUAAAAAUUCAACCACGAAAGAUAAGAAAAAUGUUCAGAAUAUUUUGGAAUCACGAGAUACAGCGCCAGAUAAGAUUGUAAAACAACGCUCAAAAGAUAGGGACACAUCUCCCUCUAAACCAUUCGAUGACGCUAAACGAAAAGAAAAAACACCAAUAGAUAUCUUCAGUGAUAACAAAAAAGAUGAACGUAAGCAUAAAAAGGAUGAAAGAGAGUCGUCAACACCUAUGAAAACUGCACAUUCCAAAAUUUUGCACAAGUAUAGUCCCAGUUUAAAACAUCAAAAGAAAGGAAACACUCUAAGUGCUAAGAAAUGUUCUAGCAAGUACAAAGAAUUUACUUCGAAAAAAUCGUCAUUAGAAGAUUCUCCCAGUAAUCUUACCAAAUCUGCUUUGCGUACUUUGGAUGGCAGUCCAGACACAGAUGACUAUUCGGAUAACUGGGAGAAUGAUGAUGAAGAAAUCGAUAUAAAUUCUGCAUUUCAAAAUGUAAACCACUUGGAGAUGUCUAAAAAUGUUACCGGAUGUAGUCCUUCAUCAAGUGUUGCUGAUAGUGAAAACUCUGAAUCGAGUUCAAAAAUUCAAAGUACAACCCCUAAGAAUUCUCCACCUCGCCAAUGUUUAUCGCCCAAAAUUAGCUACACGCCCAGAGAAUCACCGAAGGCAAACGAUGAUAGCGAAGAUACAAACGAACUGCAACGAUUAUAUAAUCAAUUUAUUAAGAGUGUUGAAGGUGCUGACAUAAAGCCAACUGAAGAGUCUAAUGGAGUUGCGCUCAUUGAAGUAAAGAAAGAAAUUGAUAGAGAGCAAUUAUCUACUUCUUCUGCCUCUAAUUCUUCUUCGUCCUCUUCAUCUUCUGACACAAGCAUUUCAUCUUCGGGGUCUUCUAGCUCUACAAGCUCAAGUGAUUCGGCUUCCGAUGAUAGUAAUGAUACCGAUACGCUCAAAAAAGAAGAUGUACAUUCAACAUCUAGUACAGAAAAUGCUAUAGAAACAAACGUUAGUGGAACGUCAGCAGAUAAGCACAAAAUGCAUUUUUUACAUACAAAUGAUGACUCGAAACCCAAUGUUGCGAAAGACUUGAAAAAAUUAGAAAACCUUGAAGCUAACUUACUACGUAUACAAAUGAUGCGUGCUAAUUAUGAUUCAGCUGAUGAGAUAAGCGACGAAUUGCUCAAAAUGGAAAAGCUGUUUCUUCAUGAGAAAAAUAUAAUUUUAAAUAAAUUCAAAGACUCUUCAAUGAGCAAAACCACAACGAAAGAAAGUGAAACUCAAAAUGUAUGGGAGUCCCCAAUGCAGACCUCGAUAGAAUCCUUUCAAUCGGUAUCAUUGUCAAAAGGCCAGUUCGUGCAAUCCUUACAAAAGUUACAAAACAAAGACGAUAAUUCUCAAGCUUCGAAUAUAUUUGACACAAAUCGGGAAGUUAUUAAAUUGACCAUAUCACCUGUGAAGUUACCUAAAACCUCAGCUAUAUUUGAAGCCGAUAAUGACAUGGAAAUAGCCAAGCAAGCAAUGGAAACUUCCGAAAAAAGUAAUUCGGCAGUGAAACCACCAAAGCCAGUCAAAGAAGUUGCAAUAGUUAAGCCAAUAAUGGAGUCUAAAGAACCACCAUCCGGUCAUCAUCAAAAACGUCGUCGUUCACCAAUGCCAUCACAUCAUUCUCUGCAAUCAAGAUCUCGAACACGUCGAGGAAGAGUGCGUUCUCUAUCUGUCAGCCCGCAAAGGAAUGGUAGCGCACGAUGCACCACUCCUCAAAGACGAGGUGCUUUUUCAAAACAAUCGCGGAAUCGCAAUUUUGAACGGCGAAGUCGAAGCCGCAGCCCGAGUGUAACUCGUCCUCUUAGUCGACGGUCGGGUGAUAUUAGUCCUGUUCCUCGUAAACGACGAUCACUUCUGAAUAUGGACGACCGAUUCCGAAAACACUCACCCAGACGUGACUCACGGUCGCGCUCGCGUUCCCGUUCUCCAUCUUCACCUCCACUUCGUCAUCGUUGCGAUCGUUAUUCUCGGUCGCCGUUGCCAUUUAAACCCCCAUCACCACCAACAGACCCUACUUCAUCUCCAAGCGACUCACGUCGGAGCAGUUUAUCUCCUGCAAGGCGUUCGCGUUCUAUUUCUCGUUCACCGAGAAAAAUAACUGUUUCACCACCUUCAAAAUCCUACGAAAGCAACAGACAUCGGUCAUUAUCACCAAAGCAUCAGGCCUAUAAACCACAUUCGCCACGUCAAAGCAACACUUCGUAUUACUUUAAUAAUUCGCCUAGCAGAAUAUCUUUAGAUGCGCGUAUAAAUAUUGUGCUUAAUGGGCCAUCUUCAAGUCAUAAUGAAAAUAAUAAUGGCAUCGCAACUUACGAAGAUUAUAAUAAUUAUAGCCAGUACGGACCCGCAGCAUAUAUGUCAUUGCCUAGCGACUCAAAUAGCUUUUACACAAAUCAGUAUGUACCAAUGGCAAAUGCUGGUGGAACAGUUCAACCAACUCAUGCUAUUCAGUCUACAUAUUCGAAUUUACCAGCUGGGGCUAAUGAUCAAACUGAACUAUUUUCUGCAGUAUCUCAUCAAGCCAACGUAAACGCAUCCAACUUUUACUACAAUCGUUUUGGUAGUCAGACAUUUGGUUUAAAUGCACCAUCUCCAUUGUUAAAGGAACUACCAAAGGCGACUGUAGCAGUACAAAAAGGAAAUGUGCUUGAAAUCGUGCCAUGCAGUGACUUGCUUACCGAUAGCGUGGCCGAACAUACUAACGAAAAUAAAAAAGUUAGUUCCAAUCAACAAGUUAUGGACGAAGCAACAGGCUCUAAUAGCGAACAAGGCAAACGUAGUAUUUUAAAGUCAUUGGAUGGUGAAACUAAUUCAUCACGAAGUGCCUUCGUCGGGGCACCAAAGAAGAAGAAAGUGAACUUUGAGGAUGGCGUUUUUCCCAAUCAUAAUAGUGACGAUGAAGACCGUAAAGUAGUAGAAGCGAAAAUACGUGUCAAAAUGCGGCGAUUGAGGAAGAAGCUCGGCAUAACACCUCCAUGCCAUAAUUUGUUCAAAGAUAAGGCCCGCAUGGCAAAACAAAAGGCUAAGUCCGAUAAGAAAACACCACCGCCACCACCGCCUAGUGGAUUGGCGCCGCCAAACUUGGAGCAGCCAAUUUAUCUACGAACUCACACACCAACUCCCCUUUUAUAUUUCCACUUUGAUGGAGUUGUGCAUUCAAUGUAUGUUUCACAAAUGGAAAGGCCGAUUCCACCUCGUCUUCUCAAUCCGAAAUGCUUGUCAACAACCAACAUGAGCGUAGUUUCACAGCAUACUGAGGCUCAAUCUCCGUUGUACAUGCAAUCGCCAAUUAGUGCUGGAGCUACGCAUUUGCACACAAAUAAAAAAGAUCCGAUCUCCUCAUUCACCCGCCCGAAUCGAAACGAAAAUAUAUCGCCAAAAGUAAUUCCUUCAACAUUGCCAACAUUGAUACAACAGGCUACUGGAAGCCCAAAAAUUAACUUUAAAUUAUAUUCACCGAUUGAAAAUGUACACCACACAGAAAUCGGUAGUGCAACAUUACCGAGCACUUCACCUAACAGCAUAAAGGGUAGCGCCAUUCAUACCAUCUCAUCGACAACGAUAGGAAAUCAUUUCCUACCGAAACGCCAAGAAUCACCUAAAGAUGUCGUUGGUACACGUGCAAAUAUUUCAAUGGGAUUGCUUCCUACUCCAAUGAGUCAUCCUCCUGUAGCGACACAAAAUACAGGAGUUACAACUCAUACUCGUAUUCCGGUAAUUGGUGUUCCACCAACAGUAAUUCCUAAUGUAGUACCAUCUGUGUCAGAACCAUUCAUGGGUGGCGGGUUCGCGUCUACAAUGAUGCAAAACACACAUCAUCCGAUUAAUAAUCUUAAUCAAAAUUACAUGGUACCACCCCCAAUAGCCCACAUAAAUAAUCCACAUAUGACAGGUGGCGUACAACAAUAUUUUAAUUCACCCGUUCAACGGAUGCAUCGGCCGCUUCCAAAUUAUAUGGUCCAGCAGCCUCAGCAAAGUCCUACCCAGUCAAACUUGCCCAUGUGUCACCUAGUGGAUCCGAUGGAAGCAGUAAAUGCAGAUCUAGAUAAAUUCGCUAACCCGCAAGCUAUGGCAAUUCCAUACAAUUUUAAAGGGCCGUAAAUAUAAGUGGGUAUUUUACUACAUUUUAUAAAUAUACGAAUAAAAUAUAUAUAACAUGUACUUGUAAAUUAGUGGGAUUAGUAGUAAAAUGUUUUUUUUUUCUUUUUAUUCUGAAUUAAAGAUGUACUAUAAUUUUAAUCGCCUUAAAUUGAACAAAUACAUAAAUAAUACCACAAAUAUGCCUCCGUUUUAGAAAAAGGGUCCAUGUGACUAUCUCUGUUGACUUGAAAAAAAAAAUGAUUUUAGUAACUUAGAUUUUAGAUCCAAAUCUAAGCAGUUACAAAAAACAUCAUUUCUAUUGAACUUUUAAUGUCAUCUUAAACUAUCAGUCAAUAGCUUAAACACAGAUUUACAGGAAAUCUCAACCUCGACUUAAAUUGUUCUUUCAAAUUUCCAAGUAU